AUGUUGAAGAGGCUGGAGCUGUUCCUCGGCAUCGCGCACUUGGGCGAGCGGACGGGCGACCUGCUCGGGCAGUUCGCGCGCGCCUUCGACGAGGGCUCCGGAGCUGCACACGUGGCGCAGGCGAAGUCCAUCCAGGCAACGGACGUGGCGGCAUGGCGUGCGAUCGCCGGGGUGUCGCUGCUGAACUACGGCUUCCACAACGCCCUCAUGGAGAAGAACGGCUCGGUGAAGGCGUGCAUCCAGGAGGGGAGGAGGCUGGCCCAGUCUUGCCCGCCGCCUCGGAUCCCGCGCACUCCGCCUCUGCGGCGGCCGAAGAAGGAGCUGCGCGAGGAGUCGGCGGCGCGCAUUGCCCAGGGGGUGAGCUGCAUGGUGCCGAAGCUGAGGCAGGCGGCAAGGCCUGGGAAGAAGACGCGGGACCGUCGCAGGAGGCAGAAGAUGGAAGCUGGCCAGGCGGCUCUUCGAGGCGCGGCGCCGGUUGCGAACGGGGCGAACAAGCUUGAGCCUGCCGCCGGACACGGCGGAGAGCUGAAGGGCGCAGCGGAGCAGUUCUUCAUCGGGGGCGCGGAGUUCUCGGUCAAGCAGAGCAGCUUCGCCAAGCAGAAAUACAACAAGAAGGGCGGCGGCAAGGCUUGGGGCAACGCGGACUCGGGGCAGCAGGUGAACACGGAUAUCAGCGGCAAGCUGGCAGGGGGCCCGCCGCCCCCGAAGCUGAGCCAGUUCCAGCCGAAGCUGCAGGAGGAGGAGAAUGCGAGCAACCUCAAGGAGGGCGAGAAGGAGUGCAGCAAGAAUUUCAAGGAGGCGGUUCUCGAGAGGUCGCUCGAGCUCGUCGCAUCUGGCGUCGUCGAUGCCUCGUUCGUCGACGGCCUGAUGCAUGCGCUCCUAGAGUCCAUGGAUGGCGACUCGGCGUUCGAGAACCAGGCUGCGCUCGGCAGUGGCUGA